AUUUUUUUCAUGUUUUAUUUAUUUUUGAGAGGGAGACAGACAGAGUACCAGUGGGGGAAGGGCAGAGAGAGAGGGAGAUAUAGAAUCCAAAGCAGGCUCCAGGCUCUGAGCUGUCAGCACAGAGCCCAACGUGAGGCUCGAACUCGUGAACCGCGAGAUCAUGAUCUGAGCCAAAGUCGGAUGCUUAACGGACUGAGCCACCCAGGUGCCCCCACUAAAUAUUAACUGCAUAUCACAUGCUAGCCCUAGUGAUACAAAGAUGGGUAAAGAAGACAUUGUCUCUGAUUUCCCGAGGUGAGCAUGGAAGGCAGAUAGUUAAGCAAUUACAAUGUAGUGUUGUAGGACUAAAAUCGAUGGGAUUGCAGAAGCAUGCAGAUGGCAGGAGGACCUAAGCCGGCCAACACCCAAAGAAUGAGGUGGAGUUGGCCAGGCAAAAGGAUAAAAACGUUUCAGGCAUUGUACAGUAUGUACAAUGACCUAGAGGUUAGAGAGCAAGCCCAAGGCCCUUGGGGAACUUAAAUGAGUUCAGUACAGCUGGGGAGGAGAGUGUGAGGUUGUGAUGAGAGCAAGAGAUCACUCCAGCUCACAAAAAGCCUUUGAAGUUAUGAUACAGAUUGUGGACUUCAUCCUAAGGAUAAUGGAGACCUCUGCAGGUUUUUAAAUAGGAAAGUUGUCAUGAGGUUUGCAUUUCAGAAGGAUGGUUCUGGCUGUGGAGAGUGGAUUCUAAAGAAACAGUCCUGGUGGGAGGAAGAGCGGUGAGGAGGCUUUUGCAGUAUUGGUAGGUGAUGGUGCCUUGGACCACGUAGUGGUGGUAACAGUUGGAGAGUCAAGAGAUUUGAGAGGUAGAGUUGGCAAGACUUGGGAUUGACAGGCAUGUGGGAGUUGAGGAAAAGGGAGCAGGCAGGGUUGACUCAAAAGUUCUGGCUUGGGCAAAGGCUGAAUGGGGGCACCAUUCCCUGUCAAAAGGAACAUCAAAGUUGUUCACACACAGUGCCAGGCACAUAGUAAGUACUUGGUGAAGAUUAGCUACAAUGAUUAUCCUAAGUUCAUGUUUAGGUGUGUAGUGCUAGACAAAUAUCCAGUAGGAAACGGGAUAUAUAGGUCACGUGAGAGGUUCAGGAGAAGAUUCAAUGUGAUAACAUGCACAGGCAUUUGGCACAGUGCCCUGAACACAAUAAGCCUAGUAAACGUGAGUCCUCUCCCAUUAAGUCUCCAGAGCAGAAAACACAACACUCUUUUUGUAGUCAUUUCUUCAGGAGUAUUCCUGAAUAUUAUUCCUGAAGGAAGAACUGAACCAGGGUCGGCAUCUGAAGGAAGAAGGUUAGGUGGCACUCAGAAGAGAUUUCUGAUCAUCUCUCUUUCAGUCAACAUGUACAGCUUGACUCCUGAGACUGGCAGCAAGCCAUCACCUCUCGCAACAACUUCUCGGCUCAUAAGCUUAUCUGAACCCCAUAACUGCUCCCUGAGGUAGUCUGGGAAGGCAUUAUCAUUCCCGUUUUGCAUGGGUAAUCUCAAAUUUGAGACAGUGACUUGUUCAAAGUCAUACAGUUGGUAACAGUCCAUGGAGGGCUGGAACUGAUGUCUUCCUGACUCCAAAGCCUGGGAUCAUUUUCGUUGCACUGCCAUUCAGACUAAUUUAUUGAGCACUUAACUCUGUGCCAAGCACAGCACUAGGCCCUUUACAAGCAUUAAUCUUUGAUCCUUAAAUUGGAAUUAUCAUUGCCAUGUUACAGAGAAGUAGAAAUUGCAGAUGGGGGCCCUGGCUGGCUCAGUGGGAAAAGCAUGCGACUCGAUCUCGAGGGUUGUGAGUUUGAGCUCCACCUUGGGUACAGAGACUACUAAAAAAAUAAAUAAUGUUUUGAAUUGCGGAUGGGGUGGAUGUUAAAUGACUUGUCAGGGAUCACUCAGACAGGAGGAGCAGAGCUACGAUUAGCCUGUAGAUCUCCAGCCGCUCUUUACCAGGAAUUUUACCAAUCCCAUUGCGGGACACUGGCUGGUGGACAGUGCUGGUUCCUAAACUUUUGCUCAAUCCAGGUAAACUCAGUUUUGGGGGGGAGCGGUGUACGGUGGGAAGGUUGUGCCGCGUUUGCGCACUAGCCACCGAGGCGGGGAGGUCAACUCGAGGGCGGGAGCGCAGUGGUGCCAAAGAGGGCGUGUUUGCCUCCCAAAUACCCAAGGUCCCCACGAUGCAGGUCUGUCCCGGUGUUGGCCAAUCCGACGUUAGUGACGGCUUCUCUUAACCAAUUACCGCAGAACUCGGCCUGUUGCCAGGGUGAAGCGGAGCCCGCCUCUCGGCAGGACAGGGAUUUGCAGGUGGGUGGGACCGGAACUGACGCUUCAGGGGAUUGCUAUGCUCUGGGAGUGUUGAUAUUUUCCAGUCAGUCCGGCUGACUGCGGCCAGGUUGGAAGCCUGGCAGGGAGUCGUUUUCAAAUUGUCGCGCCUGGGGCCGGCCGCACUGUGCUGUCAUAGUACCCCCGCCUGUGAGUCAGAGCCUCAGGGAGAGAAGAGCGCGACAGGACGGUCGAGAGAAGAAAGGCAAGGAACGAGAGUGCAGACUUUGACUGAAAUCUGAGACGGAGGGCACGGGAGGGCGAUCGCUAGCUUCUGAUUGGCCCGUGGGCAUCAUCGUAGACCCACGCAACUGCCUCGAUUGGUUGGUGUCUGCAAUUGUUUUGGCGGCGGCGAAGAUUUUGCCCACGUACUUCCGAACGAGAGGCGGGACUGUGCCCUGGCGCGCGUGCGCAGCGCCCCGGGGCCCCACCCGGUAGUUCAAGAACCUGCGAGGGGGCGGGGCGAAGAGGUGCUUGUUUUGGUUCUGUUUCCUUUGAAGCGGCAGGCCGGAACGAGCGAGCAUAGCAGUAAACUUGUUGGACUUGGAGAAAAGUCUACGACAAACUCGCCGCGGUGCCAUCAUCUAGGACUUCACAUCCGGGUUCUCCUGCCCCGUGACCUGCGCGCCACCGACGGUUCUCGAACCGGUGCCUCAAUCUCUUUAUCCGGGUCCCGCCGAUCCCGUCGUGCUUCGCGCACCACAGUAGCCCCCUCAUCCGGGUUCUAUCCCAGCGUGCCUCGCGCCGGGUUUGCUGGGGGGUACUUGGCGGUGCCGCCAUGACUAUUCUCCCCAAAAAGAAGCCGCCGCCUCCCGACGCCGACCCCGCCAACGAACCGCCGCCGCCCGGGCCGCUGCCCCCGGCGCCGCGUCGCGGCGGGGGUGUGGGCGUGGGCGGCGGCGGCACGGGUGUGGGCGGUGGCGACCGCGACCGUGACUCGGGAGUCGUGGGGCCCCGUUCCCGGGCCUCACCACCGCCUCAGGGCCCGCUACCGGGGCCGCCGGGAGCGCUUCACCGCUGGGCGCUGGCCGUGCCGCCUGGCGCCGUGGCGGGUCCGCGACCACAGCAGGCCUCUCCUCCUCCUUGCGGGGGCCCUGUCGGUCCCGGCGGCGGUCCCGGCGACGCGCUGGGCUCAGCGGCGGCGGGUGUGGGCGCGGCGGGCGUGGUGGUGGGCGUGGGCGGAACCGUAGGCGUGGGAGGUUGCUGCUCCGGGCCGGGCCACAGCAAGCGGCGACGUCAAGCCCCCGGGGUCGGAGCGGUUGGCGGGGGCAGUCCGGAGCGUGAGGAGGUCGGCGCGGGUUACAACAGUGAGGACGAAUACGAAGCGGCUGCAGCUCGCAUCGAGGCUAUGGACCCCGCAACCGUUGAGCAGGGGGAACAAAACACAGGGCCAUUCCAAUGGAUUCCAGCGACUUCCUUAAAGCAGGAGCACUGGUUUGAAAAGGCCCUGAGGGACAAGAAGGGCUUCAUCAUCAAGCAGAUGAAGGAGGACGGCGCCUGUCUCUUCCGGGCUGUAGCUGACCAGGUAUAUGGAGACCAGGACAUGCAUGAGGUUGUACGAAAGCAUUGCAUGGACUACCUGAUGAAGAAUGCGGACUACUUCUCCAACUAUGUCACAGAGGACUUCACCACCUACAUCAACAGGAAGCGGAAAAACAACUGCCAUGGCAACCACAUUGAGAUGCAGGCCAUGGCAGAGAUGUACAACCGGCCCGUGGAGGUGUACCAGUACAGCACAGGUACUUCUGUGGUGGAACCCAUCAACACAUUCCAUGGGAUCCAUCAAAAUGAGGAUGAACCCAUCCGCGUCAGCUACCAUCGGAAUAUCCACUACAAUUCAGUGGUGAAUCCCAACAAGGCCACCAUUGGUGUGGGGCUAGGCCUGCCGUCAUUCAAACCGGGGUUUGCAGAGCAGUCCCUGAUGAAGAAUGCCAUAAAAACAUCAGAGGAGUCAUGGAUUGAACAGCAGAUGCUGGAAGACAAGAAGCGGGCCACAGACUGGGAGGCCACAAACGAGGCCAUUGAGGAGCAGGUGGCUCGGGAAUCCUACCUGCAGUGGCUACGGGAUCAAGAGAAACAGGCCCGCCAGGUCCGCGGCCCCAGCCAGCCCCGGAAAGCCAGCGCCACAUGCAGUUCUGCCACAGCAGCAGCCUCCAGUGGCCUAGAGGAGUGGACCAAUAGGUCCCCGCGGCAGCGGAGUUCAGCCUCUUCACCCGAGCACCCUGAGCUGCACACCGAGUUGGGCAUCAAGCCCCCUUCCCCAGGCACUGUCUUAGCUCUUGCCAAACCUCCUUCACCCUGUGCACCAGGUACAAGCAGCCAGUUCUCGGCAGGGGCUGACCGGGCUACUCCCCCCCUCGUGUCCCUCUACCCUGCUCUGGAGUGCCGGGCCCUCAUUCAGCAGAUGUCCCCCUCUGCGUUUGCAGGUCUGAAUGACUGGGAUGAUGAUGAGAUCCUAGCAUCGGUGCUGGCAGUGUCCCAACAGGAAUACCUAGACAGUAUGAAGAAAAACAAAGUGCACAGAGAUCCACCCCCAGACAAGAGUUGAUGGAGACCCAGAGACUGGAGACCAUCUCCCAACCCCCACCACUCCUGCCCUCCGGUGCCGACCCACCUUCUUUGGCUUUCUUCCCUCUUGCCUUCUUCCCUCUCUCCUUUCGUUUCCCUCUUCCCCACUUCCCUCUGGCUGACCCACCACUGCACCCCCUUUCAUCGCUGCCACCACCACCAUCACCCGUCUCUUCGCCAGCUGACGUGCCCUGUUGCCCCCUGCACAGCACCAUCCCUGCACUCCACAGGGGACUUGGGCAAGGGUGCCGAACAUAGGCGAGAGGCACACAGAGACAAACCAACUGGCAGCCAGGCAGUCCCCGAGGAGAAACAUUCAGACAGAGGAAAGUCUCCCUGCCCCCCUCACUCCCUGCCCUGUUUCUUCCAACUUCAGAAAAACUUGUUACCCCCACCUCCACAAUGAUGCUGGGAAGGUGCAAGGAAGAAGUGGGAAUUCCCCUUCCCAGUACCCCAAGAAUGUCUGAGCCUUCAAUGUUGAAUUUUUUCUUUAUUAAAAUGUACUUUUAUCUUACAAAAUCAAUCAAUCCUAAAUGAUGUAGACAACAGCAUUGGCUCUGUGAAGGCGGCAUCUCUGGUUUGGGAGCAGGCAGGCCAUGGGCCACAGAGGGAGCACAAAGAUGUGGUUGCUGUCUCUAGCCUCCAGCUCUGUGGAGGUGGGCAGUGUCUAGAGUGCAAGCCGGGGCAGGGUGGGGGGCAGGGGGGCAGGUGUCAUAUGGGCUUUGGACACAGACUCUGACCUCGCUGCAUUCCUAUUGCUUCCACACCACCACCACUACCACCACCACCACUGGUCUCUUUGGAAUCUUGGGGUGGAAGGCACCUUUGAGGAUCAUGGCAGCCACUGCCUGCCCAGGAUUUGAGUGGGGAGUGGGAGCAGCCUCAACAGAUGAGGCACCUGUGCCCUGCAGGUGUUGACAAGAUCCACCAUCUGUAACGUCCUUGGCACAAUAAAACCAAAUGUCAGUUUCCCCUGA